ACUUCUCCGUUUCCCAUUUUUCUCCAACAUUUCACUAAACCCAUGCGUGAAAGAAUGAAAGAAAAAAGCGGUAAGCAUGACAGUAAAUGAGUUCCUCCUCCAUGAAGGAUAGCAGAGAUUUGAGCUGCCAUUCCCAAGCAUUGUUGGAUCAAGAAUCCAUGGAGGUCUAUGAGUUAUGUUUUCAGAGACGUCCUUGUUGUUUUUACAUUGGUAACAGUUGCACUCUAUUUCAAUAGUUGGUACUUUUGGUCACUCUAUUGGGUUGCCCAGGGUACAAUGUUCUGGGCUCUGUUUGUCCUCGGACAUGAUUGUAGUCAUGGAAGCUUUUCUGAUAAUCCCACAUUGAAUACUGUAGUGGGGCAUAUCUUACAUUCUUCAAUUCUUGUACCUUAUCAUGGAUGGAGGAUAAGUCACAGGACUCACCAUAAGAACCAUGGAAAUAUAGAAAAGGACGAGUCAUGGGUUCCGGUCAAUUAUUUAUGGACAUAUUCAAAGCUGCCUGAGAAAAUCUACAAGAGUUUGGAAAUUAAAACUCGAAUUCUAAGAUUCACUUUGCCCUUCCCGUUGUUUGCAUACCCUCUAUAUCUUUGGUACGGAAGUCCAGGCAAGGAAGGAUCACACUUCAACCCUUAUAGUGACUUGUUCUCCCCCAACGAAAGGAAACUUGUGAUGACCUCAACUGCUUGUUGGGUAGUAAUUACUUUUCUGCUUUCAUAUUUGUGCUUCCUGUUAGACCCAGUCCAGAUGCUUAAGCUCUAUGGUGUCCCUCAUUUGAUUUUCAUAGCAUGGUUGGAUGGUGUCACUUACUUGCAUCAUCAUGGCUAUGAGCGGAAGCUUCCCUGGUACAGGGGUAAGAAUGGAGCUACCUGCGAGGAGGGCUUACAACAGUAGACCGUGAUUAUCGCCUGUUCAAUAACAUCCACCAUGACAUUGGCACUAAUGUCAUACACCAUCUCUUCCCUCAAAUCCCACACAAUCGCCUAGUAGAAGCGACUAAGGCAGCUAAAGCAGUGCUCGGAAAGUACUAUAGGGAGCCAAAAAAAAUCAGGGUCUAUUCCUUUUCAUUUACUCAAGAUUCUGCUGAGAAGCCUUAGCGAAGAUCAUUUUGUGAGUGACACUGGAGAGAUUGUUUAUUAUCAAACCGAUGAGACCCUAUAUAACUUCUACAAGACCAAGUCUUCCUGAUUGUUUCCUAGCAAAUAGCAGCGGCAGCAUCUUCAUUUGUUUCAGAGUUGAGAAAUAUAAAUGUUAUAUGCAU